AUGUGGCUUCUCAACACCACCACCUAUGAACUCCGCAUGUUCAUCGACGGUACUGAUAUGCCCCCCUACGCCAUUCUGUCACACACCUGGGGUCCCGACGAGGUGACCUUCCAAGACAUCCAAAACCUGCCCCUGGCAUCCACCAAAGCCGGCUUCACCAAGAUCCAAGGAUGCUGCACCCAAGCCCUGCGUCACAACAUCGACUGGGCCUGGAUCGACUCCUGUUGCAUAGACAAGACCUCAUCCGCAGAGCUCUCCGAGGCCAUCAACUCCAUGUACUCAUACUACCUGCUCUCCCGCGUCUGUUUCGUCUAUCUUGGCGACGUACCGCCCCUGUCCUAUUCCCUUCCUCCCAUGGGCCGUCUCCCGUCACUUGCUUCCUCUCGGUGGUUUACCCGCGGCUGGACACUCCAAGAACUCAUCGCACCCCGGAGGACAAUCUUCUACACCUCGGACUGGUCGCGUCUCGGAACCAAAGGUGUGCACACCGACGAGCGCCCCUUCAUCCAGGACCUCUCCUCCAUCACAGGAAUCUUUGAGUCUGUCCUCGCCAAAACCCGUCAUCCGCGUGACUACUCCGUCGCAGAACGCAUGUCUUGGGCGGCGAACCGCCAGACCACCCGCGCGGAGGACCAGGCGUACUGCCUCAUGGGCCUCUUUGGCGUCAACAUUCCCGUGUUAUACGGCGAGGGGCUCAAGCACGCGUUCCAACGCCUCCAGCACGAGAUCAUACGGACAUCUCCCGACGAAACAAUCUUCGCGUGGAGGGCGGACCCGCAACAAGUGGUUGUGGACCCCUACACGCGCGAACGCCGAUCGAGGUCCGUAACGUCGGGCCUGCUCGCCGACUCGCCCGCCGACUUUGCCCGCUCGCACGACAUUCACCAGCGCGCGCUGCUUCCACCGUCCCCGUUUCGGGAGUUUAGUAUGACCAACAUGGGCCUCUCCAUCGCAGCCAGCCUCGUGCGCUUGACGCCCGCCGUCAGCGGCAGCCUCCAUGGAAGUCUCGCGCCGCAGUCAAUGUUCGUGUUGCCCAUCGGAGCGAGCGGCCGGCCGAACGAAACCUCGCCGCGCACCCGGGUGGGACUAUAUCUGGAGCCAGUGGUCGUGGCGGCGAGUCGCGCGUUGGGCCACAAGACUUUGUACUAUCGCCGCGCAAAGUGCAACGACUUUUGUUUCGCGGCGACGCGCGAGUUCCCGCAGGGCGAGCUUGCCGACAUUUACAUACUCGAAGACGAUCAGUUCGCCGAGAUGCAAUUUGCCGAUAGGCCUCCCACCCCAAGACCGGGCUCGGGAUCGGGAUGGGGAUCGGGCUCGGAUGCGGGAGGGAACUGGUCGCCGUCGAUGGGAGCUAGGUUGUCACUUUCUCCCAGUCCAUCGCCGAGACCCUCGCCUAGGGCGUCGCCGAUGCCACGCAUGGAUUUGGGAUGA